CCAUGCCGUGUUUUGAUUGCUAGGGGUGAAGGAAAACUUCAAAAGGCGUCGAAUGCUCGCAGGACACCCUGCUCUGGAACUGCUACCAUCACCGUCGAGCAGAGGAUCAGGCGAGCAGAUGACAACUUGAGAUGGACACGCAGCAGUACUCUGUCGGCGUCGGCCUCGUGCCCUCCUACUCCUCCACCCUUCUCGCCCGUCCUCGCUCCUUCACCGUCCUCAACAACCAUCCCAUGGCAUGGAACGGCGACCACGCCUCUCCGCCCAGCAGCGCCUCCUCCUCGAGUUCCUCGCUCUAUUCCGCAUUGAGCCACUCUUCGGACGGCCGCGUCGACUACUCUUCGUCCUCGGCUAGUAUGGUCCCGCGUCAUUCUCCAGAUAGCUAUGCCACCUACCAUCAGUCUCCCAACUUUCAUCCCACCCAGUCCGCCCACGGCAUCGCCUUCCCGGCACAGCAGAUGGAGAGCAGCAUUGGUCCGACCCGCGACAUUAUCCAGCGCCGUCGCGCCCGCACCCUCGCAUUGACCCACGACCAAAGUCAGAGCACCGCGUCAACCCAAAAUUACGAUUUACGACGACAACAUUCCCUCGCCUUCGCCGUCCAGCAGCGCUCGCGCCCACAGACUCCCAGCGCCGACAUUGCAAUGGGAAUUCACGACAGCAUUGUAGCCACCACGUCUCCCGCUCUCCCUUAUUCUUCUUCAUACAUGGCCUCUCAUUCGCGUUCCGUCUCUGGCUCCGCUCCCAAUUUGCGUUCCACUUCUCCCGCACUCAGUGUAUCGUCUGCAAUCACCACUCUUUCGUCCAACUCGGCAGCCCGCUACUCCACUUUACCCCAGCAACAGCAAGAGUCCGAACCUGAAGAACUGCACCGUGUCCCGAAGCACCGCAAGACGCGUCUCUGGAGCACCGAUCGCAAGCAGAUAUGCAUCUUCCACCGCGAGAACCCUGGCGUCAAGCAAGAGACCAUCGCAUCCAAGUUUGGUGUCGAGCGGAGCACCAUCAGCAAGAUCCUGAAAGAGAAGGACCGGUGGUUGAACGUGCAGGAUGACGAGAAGCUGCAGGUAUCCAAGUUCAGGCCGUCCAAGUUCCCGAACCUUGAGCUUGCACUCCAGGGCUGGCUCCGCGAGUGUGCCCGGACCAAGACCCUGAUCACCGACGCCGCCAUCCGUACCAAGGCCCGCGAAGUCGCGCUCCAGCAGGGGCUCACCGAGGACCGAUUCAAGGCGAGCUCGGGCUGGGUGGAGAACUUCAAGGCCCGGCACGGAAUCAAGAAAGGCCAGUACCACGGCAACGGCCUGCUCGCUGCGAAGGAGCGCGCCAUCGGGCGCACGCCCGAGCAGGUCGAGUACGCGGCCACGCAGGAGAUGGGUGCGCUCGCAGGCGAGCACGAGCACGAGGUCACUCCGGAGGAGGGCGUGCGCGAUGCGAGCCUCGAUAUGUCCGCACCUCAGACGACGUGGAACCCGUCUCCCGAGCCGGCGGUUUACAACUCCGCCGAGCCCGUCGUGCUCCCCCAAGCCGUACCCGUCGCGACCGGCACGGCGCCGCAGGCGUUCAUGCGGCUGCCCGAGAUGAUAUAUGCGGCGCCCCAGGUCGAAGUCGUGCCAAGUCUCGCGGACGCGUCCGCGAUGAUGGAUCGCCUGCUCGGCUUCUUCACCUCGCACCGGGACAUCAUCUCGCCCGAGCACCACAACGUCCUGCGCGACAUCAAAGCGACGCUCUUCCAGCGGAGCCAGCCUCAUUGAGCUCGCAAUGCGCGGAGGACUUGACUUUUAGAAAAGCGCUUCGGGCGCGGUCAUGAACCGUUUGUUUCUCUUUGGUUGUACGUUUUCUCUCGUUUGCAUCACGGACCGCACAUCAGCAUCAUGCAUACUGUUAUAUUUGCCACAUUCCCAUCCCACAACCACGCCAUGAGUCCACCCCGUACAUACACACAUACAUCGCAUCAUCGCAUUUCCCCCACAGACGUCGCACGUUGUCUCAGUGUUCUUCUAGCAGGGUUCAUCGAAGUCUCCGCACGGUCUGUACUCCCGCUUGCAUGGGCAUCCCACUCGCAUCAUCACCGCCAUCUGCAUUUGUACCGACACAGAUAAAUAAAUCAUAUUUUAUGCAAGUCU